AUGGUCUCCGCGCGCCGUGAACUCCGCUGCCUGCUGGAGCUGGCCGUGCCCAGUGCGCUGUCCACCUACUGCUUCUUCGCCAUCUCCAUCACGGAGCUCAGCGUCGUGGGCCACUUGGGCGUGGACGAGCUGGCCGCCGUGGCCUACGCGCAAAUGUGCCUGGACCUGUCCAUCCUCGUCAGCAUGCAGGGCUUCAACGCCGGCAUGAACGCGCUGUGCUCGCAGGCCUUCGGGGCCAAGAACUACCACCUGCUCGGCGAGUACGCGCUGCUCACGAGUCUGCUGCUCACGGUGGCCUGCGUGCCGCUCGCCGUGCUCUGGUGGAACCUCGGCACUAUCCUGCUUGCCGCUGGCGUGUCCGACCGCGUGGCAGCCCUGGCGGGCAUCUACUGCCGCUUGUCGUUGCUGUGGCUGUGGCCGCGCAGCAUGUUCCAGGUGCUAUCGUGCUUCUACCAGGCGCAGCACAUCGUGCAGCCCACCGCGGCCUUCAACUUGCUGGCCGUCGCGCUCAACAGCUUUCUGGUAGUCGGCCUCACGCACGGCCGCUUUGGGCUGCCGGAGCUUGGCUUCGUCGGCUGCCCGCUGGGCACGGCCGUGGCGCUGCUCGUGCGGCUGGUCGGCUACGUUGCGUACAUGAACCUCUAUCGCAAGUUCCACCGCCGCUGUGCCUGGCGCUGCGACGGCAGCUUCCUGGACGCCAGCAUCCUGCGCAACCUCCUGUCGGUGGGGCUGCCGCUGGCGGGCGGCACGCUGUUCGAGAACGCGCAGCUUAUUACCAUGACGCUCUUCGCGGCCACGAUCGGCGAGCUCCAGCUCGGCACGCACAACGCGAUGAUGGAGCUCUUCUUCUUCGCCACGAGCCCGCUCUACGCCAUCGUGAGCUCCGCCGUCACGCGCAUGGCGACGCAUCUGGGCGCGGGCAAGUCGUCCGAGGCGCUGCUCGCGGCGCAAGUGUGCGGAGUCUGCAUCGCGCUGUUCACGACCGUCAACGGCGUGAUCGUCGUGAGCGCGCGACGGCAGCUCGGGCGGCUCUUCUCGGACAGCGAGCAGGUCAUCGACACGUUCAGCCAGAUCUGCGCGCUCGCAGCGCUCGCGUACUUUGUGCUGGCCUUCUUCUACUACGCCUUUGCGGUGCUGAAGGCGCAGGCGAGACCGAUGCCCAUUAUGGUGGGCUUCGCCGUCGGCGCGUGGCUCGUAGGCGUACCAACCGCAUACGUACUUGGCGUGCACCAAGCCCAGCCGAACCUGCUCGGCGUCUGGCACGGCAUGAUCGCCGGCUACGCCGUCACGUCGGCCAUCGGCUUCGCGGUGGCGUUCGGGCGUCCCAACUGGCAGCUCGAGGCCGACAAGGCCGUCGCGCGCUCGCAUCUGAAGGAGAAGGAGCUCGCGUCACCGCGGGAGACCGACGUGCUGCUCGCGUAG